AUGGGUAAUGGCAGCCCUCAAUACUGGAAGAAACUGUUUCAUGCCAACAGGAAGGAUUACAGUAGCUCCAUUCAAAAGUACAGUGUCGACCAGCCUACGGUUGACCAAGAUACGAUAAAGGAGGAGGACAUCGAGGAGUAUGCAGUGCAACCAGUUGAUGACCACAGUUUGACUGAUUCAUACACGAAUCGUCUGUUGCAGUCUGAUUACAACAGUGUCUGGCGCGCCCUGGAAAAUGUCACCAUGGUGCUACUGUCCGAAAUGCUGUCAGCCACUCAGAUGGCUUCCUUUCUGACGGCCCUCAUCCAGCAAGGAGCCUGGGCAGCACCCUGA